CAAAUGACGGCGAGGAAAAUGCAAUUGCCAGCGCAGCAAAAACGGGUGAACACGUUGGAAACCAGAAAUGUCCUUCAAGGAUGUGCGAGAUUUGGGGGAACACCUUAAGUUGCUGGGCUUUCCCCGUGUAUUUCCCCUGCAGUCCCUGGCCAGUCCGCACGGCAGCCUUGCCAGCUUUCACAUAGUCACCGAGCUGCUCCAAUGGCUGGCUGGUCUGAUGGAGCCGGGUGCCACCUUGCCCGGUGGCGUGGAGUCCGAGGAGCAGCGGGUUCUCCUCGUUCGCUCGGCAACGGAGUUCUUUGUGACCAAGGCGGCCAUACGUCUGAAUCCAAAGAAACUGUAUGCAGCCGCCGCGGUCACGGCAGCGGAACUACAGAAAGUAACGCGACUGCUGACAGCCCCAGUGCAAAACGAGGGGGAUCGCGACGAGGAGGACCAGCGGGAUCAGUACAGAAGCCUUAAUCCCGUCGAUAUUGGCGACAAGAUGGACGAACUGCGAAAGGCGCGAGAGCUGGCCGCAGACUUAACCCAGCGAGGCUCGACUAUCUACGAGCUGCUUUCGAAGGAACUGCUGAACAAGGAGACCCGGCUGUCCCAGGCCCAAAGACCCCUGGAGCUGCUCAGUGUGGAGAGAACCCUGAAGAACGCCAUCCAGGCCAGUCAAGUUCGCCUGCAGUCAAGCAAAGCCCAGCUGGAGGCAGCGAAGGUGGAGUCCAAUGCCCUGGGCUCCAAGUUGCAGCGCCGCCGAGCGGAGCUGGAAAGAACCCGCCAAAGACUGGAGGCACUGCAUCGCAUUCGGCCGGCCCACAUGGCCGAGUUCGAGGACUGUGAGAAGGAGCUGCAGCAGCUUUUCCAGCGCUUCUUCCUAAGGCUGCAUGUCCGCGAUGCCCUCAAGUCCCAACUGGAGCUGCGUACUAAGCGUGCCACGCCCAUCGCCUCGCCCGUGCUGCAGAAGCCCUCAGAGAGCUCCAUGCCCUUCAUUCCGGAGGGUCUCAUAGAGGACGACGACGACGACGACGAUCUAGACGACGAGGAGGAGGGCGACGAUGGCGGCGAGGCCGUCUCCGACCUGGACAUGGUGGUAAAUGGGAGGAGUGUUUUCGGCCUGGACUCUGAGAUACCCGAUAUACGGGACGAGGAUAAGCUGAUGCAGCAGAGCAGCGUGCCUUCGGCUCAGGGAAAACGUCCUGGUACUGCCACCUCCAGAAUAAGACCAACAACGGGUAGGAGCAGAAAAGGAGUAGCAAGGGGAGCAGCAGGACCCGAAGGAGGUGGCGAUGUCAGAGCCACCCGGGGAUCCAGAAGAAGUGGAGCGGCUGGAGGAGACGCAGGCGGGACCCACCGAAACGGCCGCCAUGGUCCCGGAAGCAGCAUGCUCAGUUCACGGGAGGAUGACAGCAGCUUCGGGAGCUCAGAGAGCGAACUCGAUGUCGGGGAGAUCAUGGGGAUGAGUGGGAUGAGCGGCAUCAGCGGGAUUAGUGGCAUGAGCAAUAUGGCCUUGGGCGGCGGCGACGACGAUUUCGAUCUCAACUCGAUAGAUGACAUCAGCAUUUCAAAGCUAACUGGAGAGCUGCCACUGCGACCGAAGACGGCCAACAAGGCGGAGCACCACAGCGACGAGGAUUUUUAGGGCUUACCUAUAAUUUUCUACCGUUUUUUAGACACUGCAACCGGAAAACCUGGUUGCUCCAAUAAAAUAUUUUCAACCAGUAAUGAGGAGUAUGUAUAACCAACGUUUUGCAGAGGGAUAACUUAUUUAUGACGUAGUGAUAUCAUAGUCCUUAAUGAUUAAACCCGCUACUCGUAGGGUAAGUGUCUUCGAAACUUCAAGAGCUUUGGGGUCGAAUUUGAGAACGAGAUUCCUUAUCAUUACUGGUCCCCAGACUUUAAGUGCUAUUGAGACAAUUACCAAAAAAAAGUAUUCAACUUGGCCUGGUCUGCUGGCGUCGUUUCAGUCGGAAAAACAAGAAACCCCCAAGGAUUUUACGGGGUAGCUCAAAAGAUCCGCUAGCGAAGACAAAUGAAGUAUUCCAACCGUGUGUUGGUGCUCAUCAGCUGAGGUUUUUCCCCAAUAAUGCACAUAAAAAUACAACUUUGGUGGAAAACUGUGGGAAUAAUUCGAGAAUCAAAUCAAAAUGUUUAUAUCUUUUACGGGUCAUGUAAGUCCUUCGAAACCGAAUUCCUAGAUUCCUUUGUACACCCCUC